CGCAGAGAGAGAAAGAGCGAGAGUGAGAGAGUCGACGCUCUUGUCAGCCAAACAUCCUCCGCUCCAUCACCAACCAUCAUCAACAUCCUCUCAACGUCGCUCCAGUCAUCUUCUUGUACACUGCAUCCUGCAUAGAUUCGUAUCAGUAUCGGACCACAGUCCUACCUCCUACCUCCACUACUCACUUCUUUUCACGUCCACCGUCUCGCUCGCACACGCCGUCUGCUUCGACACCCACUCGAGUACUUCACGACCGUUGCACACACCCUCCCUCCCUCAACACAGCUACAGCGCCCGCCGCUCUUCGUCCGGAGUGCCGGCCACUCUUAGUGCCACACAGCAAGCAUGGUCUACAUCGACAAUCAGCAUGUCGAAAGCGCUGAAGAGACGCGGCUGAAGGAAGAUAGAAAUCGCGAGAAGUACUGGAAGAAAUGGGGUCCAUACACUGCCGAACGUCAAUGGGCCACUGUACGAGAGGACUACUCCUCCAAUGGCGAUGCAUGGAGCUCCUUCACCUACGACAUGGCUCGCUCGCGAGCCUUUCGAUGGGGUGAAGACGGUAUUGCUGGCGUGUCAGACACUCACGGCCGCCUCAACUUUGCCUUCGCUUUUUGGAACGGGAAGGACGGUCAUCUCAAGGAACGCCUCUUUGGUCUCUCCAAUCCUCAAGGUGUACACGGCGAGAGCAUCAAGGAGUGCCACUUUCACCUCGACAACACGCCAACCCACUCGUAUAUGAAGUUUCUCUACAAGAUGCCGAUCAACGAGUUUCCCUACAAAGACUUGAUCAAAACAAACGCGGCACGGAACAAGACGGAAAGAGAGUACAACCUGGUCGACACUGGCAUUUUUAAAGACAACAAGUACUGGGACAUCUUCAUCGAGACUGCAAAGGAGAGUGAUGACCCUGAUGAGCUGCUGUUUCGUGUCACUGCGUACAAUCGCAGUUCUGAGCCGGCGAAGCUGCACAUUCUACCUCAUGCUUGGUUCCGCAACACUUGGGCGUGGGGUUAUGAUGACACAAAGCCUAGCAUCGAGCAGGUUGACACCUUGACUACUCAUAUCAAGCACAAGGAGCUGGGCGAGCGUUACUUCCAGUGCUCUCCUUCGCCCAACGCCUGUGGCAACGAGACUGAUAUUGAGCCCGAGUUCCUCUUUACCGACAAUGAUACCAACUUCGUGGAACUUUGGGGAUCGAAGAAGAACAAGACUCCAUAUGUCAAGGACGCUUUCCACAAGCGCGUAGUCCAUGGCGACAAGAAGGCUGUCAACCCUCAGAAGAUUGGUACCAAGAGCGCUGCUUGGUACGCAUUCGACCAGGGCCAGGGCGUGCUGCCAGGCGAGUGUGCUGUCGUUCGCCUUCGUGUGACGAAGAAAGCCACCGAUGGCUACUUGGACGAAGAGCGCUUCGACGAUGUUAUGGACAAACGACUCGCCGAGGCCGACGAGUUCUACUACAAGCUCAACCCCAUGCCGAUGUCCGACGAUCUACGGAACAUUCAGCGCCAGGCUCUUUCUGGUAUGAUGUGGUGUAAGCAAUUCUACCACUUUAUUUGGGAUCAGUGGGCAAACGGCGAUCCGGCGAUGCCUCCUCCGCCGCCGGAACGGAAAUCUGUUCGAAAUGCCCAGUGGAAGCACAUGCACUUGGACGACAUCUUGUCCAUGCCCGACUCCUGGGAAUAUCCGUUUUUCGCCGCCUGGGAUACUGCCUUCCACUGCAUACCCUUAGCCAUGAUCGACCCUGAGUUUGCCAAGAAGCAGCUCGACCUCUUCACCCGAGAGUGGUACAUGCAUCCCAACGGACAGCUUCCAGCCUAUGAAUGGAAUUUUGGCGACGUCAACCCACCAGUGCACGCUUGGGCUGUCUUCCGCACAUUCAAGAUCGAGCGCAAGAUGUAUGGACGCGAGGACCUGGACUUCUUGGAGCGCGUCUUUCAGAAGCUGCUCCUGAACUUCACGUGGUGGUGCAAUCGCAAGGACUUUGAUGGAAAGAAUGUUUUCGAGGGUGGCUUCUUGGGUCUCGACAAUAUUGGUCUGUUCAACAGAUCUGAUCCCUUGCCUACAGGUGGCAAGCUUGAGCAAGCCGAUGCCACUGGCUGGAUGGGCUUCUACUGCCUAUGCAUGCUCAAUAUUGCCCUUGAGCUCGCCAAACACCGCCGCAUCUACGAAGACAUUGCGUCCAAGUUCUUUGAGCAUUUCAUCCUCAUCUCGGAUGCAAUGCAGUAUCGUGUCGGUGCAGAGUCCAAAUCUCUCUGGAACGAUGAGGACGGCUUCUACUACGAUGCGAUAUCAUGGGGCGGGCCUUGGUCACAUCAGAUGCCGGUCCGAUCACUGGUUGGACUCAUUCCGAUGUACGCCACUCUUACCCUGGAGCCCGAAGUCAUCAACCGCUUUCCUCAAUUCAAGAAGCGGCUUGACUGGUUCGUCAAGAACAAGCACGAUGUCAUCUCGCGCAACAUUGCAAGCAUGACGCGCCGUGGAAAAGACGAGCGCCUGCUUCUCUCCUUCGUCAAUGAGGACCGCCUCCGAAGCAUCCUCAAAUACAUGCUCGACCCGGCAGAGUUUUUGAGUCCUUUCGGCAUUCGCUCACUGUCGAAAUACCACAAGGACCACCCAGUCUCGAUGGAUGUCAACGGACAAACAUACUCAGUCAGCUACAUCCCAGGUGAUUCCGACAGCGGGCUCUUCGGAGGCAACAGCAACUGGCGUGGGCCUUGCUGGCUUGCAGUCAAUUUCCUGCUUAUUGAGUCGCUGUUGCGCUUCUACAUGUUCUAUGGCAGCACUUUCAAAGUUGAGUGCCCCACUGGCUCUGGAGACUUCAUGCAUCUUGGCCAUGUGGCCGAAGAGCUUCAGCACCGACUCCAGCACUUAAUGUCCGCCGAUUCCAAGGGAGCCCGAGCCAUUCAUGACGGUAACGAGAUGCUUAACAAUGAUCCUCACUGGAAAGAUUAUCUGUGGUUCUACGAAUACUUUGAUGGUGACUCUGGACGCGGUCUAGGCGCCACACAUCAGACCGGAUGGACUGGACUCAUGGCCAAGAUCAUCCAGGACACUGGUACCAAUUGUCGUCUUCCCCAGACUCCGCGUACGCCUAGUAGUGCGGCUGCGCAUUACUUUGAUGACACGUUCAGUCGCCAGCGUCGGGCUUCGCUUGGUCAGAAUGGGCGGAAGAGUCCUAGACUUGCUCGUUCGCUCACCCGAACUCGCUCCAUUGGUGCUAGAAGUGACUGGAGCGGCACGCAUGGCGAGACCGAGCCCGAACUCGCUGGAGAGGAAGCUGAUGAAGCGUUUGCUAAUGGCAAGCCUGACCGCACUUGGAGCAUCUACCAGGAGGACGCCAAUGGCAGCACGAAGAAGCCCGAGGAGGAUCCCGAUGACCCCAUCAACAGAUAUGUCCAAGACCAGCUGCAACGCAUCAAGAGCAACGAGAGCCAUGAACACGCCGACGAGCUGGCUUCGUUGAAUGACGGCGCGAACGAUGAGCUAUGAGUCGUCGUCGCUGAUUAUCGGAAAGUUUUGAAGGACGUCAACUUCCUUUACCUAGGCUCCUGUGACGACGAGACGGACAUGACGGCCUAUACAUCAUGAUGUGACGACGGAGCUGGCGAGUUGCUCCCUAGAAUCUAGACUCUAGACCUAGAUGGUGCCACUAUCAGUGUCUCAUGACAAGUUGACAGUGCAGCCUUUUUGUUGAUUGCGCUUCUCGUCCCGUGCCCUUUGACCACUCAUCUGUGCCUUGCCUACCUCCUAGCAGAGCAGAAGAAGCGGAACACCCAAAGUGAUCGCCAAGCCUAUAGAUGUUCCGCUUCUUCUGCUACCCAGGAGCCUUGGCCUGUUUCACACAAAUGUACUUUGACGCUGCAUUUACUUUCAGCGUACAUGCCGUGUGCAUGCACGUACAUGUAGGCGAGGGGUCAUGACGAAACACUUUCAUCACGGGCGCCACUUUCCUUCCACAUCCUACUAGGAGGUACAUGUAGGUACCGUACCCGUAC